UUUUUUUUUUUUUUAUAAAAAUACACUUGACAGUCAAUAAUGUAAAUGCAGCAAUAAUUGUAGAUUAAAAAAUACGUGCAUGUGCAAACCUGCUUUACAGGAACCCCUUUGUGAUUUAAUUUUUAAAUAGUUUAUUUCUAAGUUGAAGAAUGAGCUUGUACCAGUUUCAGUUUGAGGAAACUUCAAAUUUUUAUUUCAUGUCUGCCUAAACUGUGGUAAACCAGGACAUAAUUAUGUAUAUAUUACAUUUUCAAAAUAGCCAUAAUAAAACGAGUUUAGUAGAAUUGAUCUUUUAGGAAGUAACAAAAGGCUUUAUAUAACCAGGUUUUAAUGAAAUAAUUUUUUUUAAAAAAUUACCGUUGUUAGAAAUAGUUUUGUUUAGUGGCAUUCUGGACUUUUGAAUAUAUAAAGUUCGAAAGUGAGCUAAUAUCGAAAUGUUUGGAAUUCCUUUUAAGGCAGUCCGUAAAUAGAAAGUGACAGCAGAUGACACAUUUGUUGAACAGUUUCCCUAAUUUGCACACGAUAUAAAAAUUCAAACUGUUUAUAUUAAAAAAAAUAAACAUGACAGCAUUCUGACUUGGUGAAAACUACCUUAACUUGAUACUUUUUCUACAAGAACCUGAUCAAUAAAGGAAACUAAGCGAGGGAAAAAUUGUCACCGGUCAUGGGAGGUUGUCCUUAUAAAGUGACGUUCUGCUGUACUACCCACUCCAGCCGACAGGAAGUUUAAUCAAUAUAAUAAUUUUAAAAAACAGUUUGACUUAAGUUCAGUCCAAUAACCGGAAACUACUCGGCCAAUUUGCGUGACGAUUGAGAAAUGGUCGCUAGUUUAACACGAACUGCGGCAUUUUACAAAGGUAUGGUCGUAUAUUUUAUUGUGCCAGGAAAAUGUUUGAUAUUUAAAACUUUCGUCAUCACACACACACCCACCCACUUCCGACCGAUGUCGAGCAUAACAUGUUGUGGCGGGAAAUACCGCCCGCUGAGAAUGAACCAAUUACAUCACUAAGAACAAAUAACCAGUAUCAAGCACGCCCAAUCUGAUUGGUCCAAAGAGAGUCUUCUAAUUAGAAUCACGUGACAUAAUUGGAAUCCAUAGCCCCGACCAUCGUUGAGUUCGAAGUUAGUGUUUGCCUCGUUGCCUUUUAGGUAUAUAGAUUAACAGUAUUUUUGGGUCAUAGUUGAGAGAAUUUCAGGAAGAGUCGAUGGCUGGUGCCACAGGAGAAAAUGCAGAAAGUCCGGCGGCUUCUCCGAGACAGCAGGCGAACAGAAAACCGUCGCGCAAUCGCCUUUCCUGCCAAGUAACUCUUUUGGACGGAACGGUUUUAACUACCGAUCAGUUACAAAAAAGUGCCAAAGGUCUUGAUUUGAUGCACUGGGUGACAACGCAGUUGAACAUCUCAGAGAAAGAGUAUUUUGGUCUUCUGUGGGAAGAUAAAAAUGGAGAAAAGUUCUGGCUUGAUCCCCAGAAGAAAAUUACAACUCAGCUGAAAGGUAUAUUUGUUUUGAACACCAAGAACUUCCUGUUUUCCCACGUCUACGGCUAACGCCUAAAUGUUAUUGUCAUGUUAAUUUGUUUUUUAGUAUUCUAGACAAACGUUUCCCAGGAGAAUUAUAUUGUGUAAAUUUGUGGUGUGAACUCGAUUUGUAGAAUAUUUAUGAGCACUUUUAAUAUACCUCUCCUUGAACCACUGUUGUUAGAUUAAAACAAAUUGUGUUUGUUUUAGAUGUAGACAAUAUUUUGGAUUGAUCAAAAAUUUUAGAUUCUCCUGUUUUCUAAAAUCAAAUUUUCCACUACAAUGAUUUAUUCAUGGGUGGCUCCAAAAAGGUGUUAGUAAUCUUAAUGUUACAUGUAGUUACCAAAGAGGAUUAUAAUAGUUUCAAUUCAGACAAGCAUACAAAGAUAACUGGAAUGAAUGGUAGAUUUAUUAGUUGCAGAAGGGUUUGUUUAUGGUACAUGCUGCUGGAGCAGAUAAAGAUCUCCAAGGUUGACAGCAUUUGUUUUCCUCUAUGUGAGGUCUAAUUAUUGAAUAAUUUCUUGAUUGAUGCCAUCAAUAUAACCUGUUGGUCCUGUUAAGAUAAAAGCACCCAGAGUAUUUCCUACCCUAUCUUGAUCUAAAUGCGAUUGGAUUCUUAGCAUUUCAGACACAUGUUUGUUUGGUUUAGUGGUCUGUUUAGUCUAUUGUUUUAUUUAUUUGUAUCUCGGUCUAAAACAAAAUAAAUAUUCAAACUCUGAGCUAAAUACACAAAGGUUACAUUUCCAUGACUGAGCACUAUUUAAUUUCCAUUUUUGAUAGCAUUAUUUCCUGUCAUGAAGGAGACACCCUUAUGUUCAAAGGUUUCCCAUGUGAUAAAACAUUUGUUCACUGAAGUGUUCACGUGGGAAAUUUUUCAUUCUCAAUAUUGGAGUACUCUGGUUCUUCACUGUGGUCUUUAGUCAGCACAGCAAUAAUUCUGGCUCUUCAUGCCAGUUGAGACCUCUCACCCCAAGUCAUUCACACAAAAUGUAAAAGUCAUGAAACUUGAAACUUGAAACUUGAAUACAUGUAUACUUAUCAGGUCACAGAAAACUAAUGGCAUCUUGAAUCCAAAUCUCUUUGAAUACAAAAGCCAUUCGAUAUUCUUAGUGAGGCUUCUGGAUUUAUUUUUUAGUUUUGAAAAAUACAUCUGUGGCAACAUCAUAGUCUAAUUUUUGUCCCCAAGUUUUCUUUGUAUACCCUAUGUUGUAGCAACCAUUUUCAUCCUUGAGACACCAUGAAAUAUAUUGACUAAAUUGCCAGAAAUUUUAGAGUUUUUUAAUCUUUUUGUUCAGUGUUUGAGACUCGUUAAAACUUGCUCUUAUGACUGAUUCAAAUUUCAUACAUGUAUACUCUAAAUGAAUAGAAGACACAAAAUUAAUGUGGUUGAGAUGUUUAUGUAAAAAAAAAAAUUGCAGUGUGCAGAAAAGCUAGGGAGUUUGCCAUUUAAUCCAUGUUAUUUAAGAAAAGAAAAUUCAUUGUAAUUGAAGGGACGUGAACUUAAUUUUGUACAGCUGUUGACAAUGAUAAUUGCUCAUGAGCUUUUGUCCUGCAUCGCAAUUGAAUUAAUCACAUUGAAAUCAUGGCUUCUAGAACAUAUUAAUGCAUUUAUAAAUAAGAAUCAAGGUGCGAGUGGUCAGGAUCCUUUUAAAUGCAUACAUGAAAUUUUGAAGGAUGUCACUGUUGACAGUCUUUCAUGAAAGUGGCAUUGAAAAACUAUUCUUAAAUCUCUCAAAGUCUUAGAGAAGACCUCACUUCACAGGUAGAAAGUUGUAGCUACAUGGAUGCCAUUGUAUUCAUUUCCUUUAUCAUUACUUAUUUUUAGAAAAUUUUAGCACCCUUAAGCUAAGUGUCUCUUCUCCUUGCCAGGGUUACGUUUGAAGAUAGUGUUUACAGCAUGACUGUGUAAAUUAAGAAUAAUAGUAAUACUGUUUUUCUGCACAAUUCAAAAGAGGAUUUUGCUUUACAAGCAAAAUCAUUAGGUGCACAUGCAUGUAGUCAAACCUCUUUAAUUUCCAAGACAAAUACACACAUGUAAGGGCCAGACCUGGGUGCUCAC